AACUUUCAGUUUAAUCAUCAAUCCUUCAUGGGUUUGGGAGGAUUUGGGGCCAUGGAUGAAGAAGCAGCAACCGUAUCAGCUUCACAACCAACCCUUUCCAGGUUCAGGUACAACUCCCCCUUGGUUCAGGUCAUCAUGAUAGGUUUUGUCUGUUUCUGUUGCCCAGGCAUGUUCAAUGCCCUCUCAGGCAUGGGUGGUGGUGGCCAAGUCGACCCAACUGCGGCCAAUAAUGCCAACACCGCCCUAUACACCACCUUCGCCGUCUUUGGCAUCCUCGGCGGCGGCAUCUACAACAUCCUCGGCCCUCGUCUCACCCUCUUCAGUGGAUGUUUCACCUAUGUCCUCUAUGCUGGUUCUUUCCUCUACUAUAACCACCAACAGAACCAAACUUUUGCCAUUAUAGCCGGGGCUUUGCUUGGCAUUGGAGCCGGACUUGUAUGGGCCGGCGAAGGUGCCAUCAUGACCGCUUACCCCCCCAAAGAACGCAAGGGUACCUAUAUAUCCAUCUUCUGGAGUAUCUUCAACAUGGGUGGUGUCAUUGGUGGCCUGAUUCCUUUCGUUCUCAAUUACAACCGUUCAGAGGCAGCUUCUGUCAAUGAUGGAACUUACAUUGGCUUCAUGUGUUUCAUGUUCAUUGGGGUUCUCCUCUCCCUCGCGAUCUUACCGCCCAGCAGGGUGGUUCGAGACGACGGCACCACCUGUUCUAAUGUGAAGUAUUCAAGUGUCUCCGUUGAAACAACCGAGAUUCUCAAACUGUUUCUCAAUUGGAAGAUGCUUCUUCUAGUCCCUGCUUCAUGGGCUAGCAACUUCUUCUACAGCUACCAGUUCAAUAAUGUGAAUGGGGUAUUGUUCAAUUUGAGAACGAGGGGAUUGAAUAAUGUGUUCUAUUGGGGGGCUCAGAUGUUGGGUUCUGCAGGAAUUGGGUAUAUCUUAGAUUUCAGUUUUCAGAGUCGGAGAAUGAGGGGUUUUGUUGGAAUUGGGAUUGUUGCCUUGGUUGGGACUGCAAUUUGGGGAGGUGGGCUUGCCCAUCAGUUGACCUACUCGUUGAAUAAUUUACCACCGAAGUUAGAUUUCAAGGAUUCGGGAGCUGCUUUUGCAGGUCCAUUUGUGUUGUACUUCAGUUAUGGGUUGUUGGAUGCCAUGUUCCAAAGCACAGUUUAUUGGGUGAUUGGAGCUUUGGCUGAUGAUUCUGAAACACUUAGCAGGUAUAGUGGGUUCUAUAAGGGAGUGCAGAGUGCAGGAGCUGCUGUUGCGUGGCAAGUUGGUACCCACAAUAUCCCAUUGCUGACCCAGCUGAUUGUGAAUUGGUCUCUGACUACAGUGAGUUACCCAUUGAUGUUUCUGCUUGUCAUCUUGGCUGUGAAGGAUAAUCACGAGCCAAAUAAGGCAGCUGGCUAGGACGCUGCUUUACCGUCCGCUCCCCUUUCCACUGCAGAUGAGGAUUAUGGAAAUGGAAAUAGGCUUGACAAGUCCAGUUAGGGCCUAGAGAAUGCAUCUUUGUCGUUUUCUUUUUGGGGAUGGAUAAAGAUGAGGUAGACCACUGUAAUGGAAAUUAGCAUCAACCAAAAAAAAAAAUGUAAUACAGAAAUCCUUUUUCAUCUUCACUUCUCGUGAUUUCUGGUGGUCUUUUUGCCUUUUUUUCCCCAAUGUUAAAUUGGUAUACAACAAUUGUAAUAUUUAGAUGUUAAGCAUUUUCAGUGUAUCAAAAGCUUACUCAUAUUAUUGGUU